AUGGCUCUUCUCGUGGAUAAGCUGCGACCUCGCUCGCUGGAAGCACUCACAUAUCACAAAGACCUCUCAGAGCGACUAUCAUCACUGGCCUCGUCCGCCGACUUCCCUCAUCUCCUCUUCUACGGUCCGUCGGGCGCAGGCAAGAAGACGCGCAUCCUCGCGACGCUCCGGGCGCUGUACGGCAGCGGGGUGGAGAAGAUCAAGAUCGACGCGCGCAUGUUCACGACGUCGUCGAACCGCAAGCUCGAGUUCAACAUCGUGUCGUCGGUGUACCACCUGGAGAUCACGCCGAGCGACGUCGGGACGUACGACCGGGUGGUGAUCCAGGAGCUGCUCAAGGAAGUGGCGCAGACGCAGCAGGUCGACCUCGGGGCCAGGCAGCGGUUCAAGGUGGUGGUCAUCAACGAGGCCGACGGGCUCAGCCGCGACGCGCAGGCGGCGCUGCGCCGCACGAUGGAAAAGUACAGCGCCAACGUGCGGCUGAUCCUCGUGGCGAACAGCACCGCCGGCAUCAUCGCGCCCAUCCGGUCGCGCACGCUGCUCGUGCGCGUCCCGGCCCCGACGGAAGCCGAGAUCGUCGACGCCCUCGCCAAAGCCGCCAAGCGGGAGAGCUGGAAGGCCGUCCCGGCCCUGAACGAGCGCAUCGCCCGCGAGUCCGGCCGCAACCUGCGCAGGGCCCUCCUGAUGUUCGAGGCCGUCUACGCCCAGCACCCGGAGCCGAGCGACAAGACCCCGAUCCCCCCGCCGGACUGGGAGGUCCUCAUCGAGCACGUCGCCCGGGACAUUGUCAGGGAGCGCACCCCGGCCAUGAUCCUCGCCGUGCGCGCGAAGCUGUACGAUCUCCUCACCCACUGCAUCCCCGCCACCAUGGUCAUCAAGACCCUCUGCUGGAAACUCGUGGGCCUGCCCGAAGUCGACGACAGCCUGAAGCCCGAGGUCGUGAGGUGGGCCGCUUUCUACGAGCACCGUAUACGCCUGGGGAGCAAGGUGAUCUUCCACCUCGAAGCCUUCGUGGCAAAGUUCAUGCGUAUCUUUGAAGGUUAUCUUGUCGGCAUGGACUUUUGA